AGUUUCUCAAGCUGCUGAUCGGGGUCCUUCAUCCACGUAUUCGACGCAGGUCAGUGACGUCAUCUUCAACGUAUCCAGCAGGUGUAUUGCAAUUCACAAACUGCUUCAUACAGUUUUUCCGAGUCUCUCAGCAGGAUGACUGAGAACGACGUUGAGAACGAACUUUUAGACUACGAGGAGGAUGAGGUGGAUGCAGGAGGCACUGGGGAUGCAGAACUCGGGCACCAUGAAGGUGCCAUAUCCAUCUGGAAGGAAGGAGUCAAAGGGUCAUAUGUGUCCAUUCAUUCCUCAGGAUUCAGGGAUUUUCUACUAAAACCCGAACUCCUUAGAGCCAUAGUGGACUGUGGCUUUGAGCAUCCAUCUGAGGUCCAGCAUGAAUGCAUUCCUCAGGCGAUCUUGGGGAUGGAUGUCUUAUGUCAAGCCAAGUCUGGAAUGGGGAAGACAGCUGUCUUUGUGUUGGCCACCCUUCAACAGCUGGAGCCAGUGACUGGUCAGGUAUCGGUGUUGGUGAUGUGUCAUACCCGAGAGCUGGCAUUCCAGAUCAGCAAAGAGUAUGAGCGCUUCUCCAAAUACAUGCCUAGUGUCAAGGUGGCAGUGUUCUUUGGGGGUUUGUCUAUAAAGAAGAAUGAGGAGGUGUUGAAGAGAGAGAGCCCUCAUGUGGUGGUGGGAACUCCUGGACGGAUUCUAGCUCUGUCUCGCAACAAGAGUCUCAACCUGCGCCACAUCAAACACUUCAUCCUGGACGAAUGCGACAAGAUGAUGGAGCAACUUGACAUGCGUCGUGAUGUCCAGGAAAUCUUCCGUAUGACUCCUCACGAGAAGCAGGUCAUGAUGUUCAGUGCCACGCUGAGUAAAGAGAUCCGUCCAGUCUGCAGAAAGUUCAUGCAAGAUCCGAUGGAAAUUUUUGUGGACGAUGAGACCAAGCUGACGCUUCACGGCCUCCAGCAGUACUACGUCAAGCUGAAGGACAAUGAGAAGAACAGGAAGCUCUUUGAUCUCCUGGAUGUGUUGGAGUUCAACCAGGUGGUGAUCUUUGUGAAGUCGGUGCAGCGUUGUAUUGCACUGACUCAGUUACUGGUGGAGCAAAACUUCCCUGCCAUUGCCAUUCACGGGGCAAUGCCUCAAGACGAAAGAUUAGCCCGAUAUCAGCAAUUCAAGGAUUUCCAAAGAAGGAUCUUGGUUGCCACAAACCUAUUUGGCCGAGGUAUGGACAUCGAAAGAGUCAACAUUGCCUUCAACUAUGACAUGCCUGAAGAUUCGGACACUUACCUUCACAGGGUUGCGAGGGCAGGCAGGUUUGGAACGAAAGGUCUAGCCAUCACUUUUGUGUCAGAUGAAAGUGAGGCCCGCACUUUGAAUGAUGUUCAGGACAGGUUUGAGGUGAACAUCAGUGAGCUUCCAGAGGAGAUUGACAUCUCAUCAUAUAUUGAACAAACACGAUAGAGAUGAUGAAGAAAAACAAAGGCAAUUUCUUUGGAGAAUGCAUGGCAUUGUUGCAUUUGGUAGCAACUGAGAGUUUGUAUUCUACAUAGACUGUUAUGGUGUUAGUGAGUACAUAUAAUAAAUGACAUUGUUAUCCUAUAUUGUGGUGGGCUUCCCAGUCCCUCAGUAAUUGAAUUGCUUUGAUUUUGCUCUUGUUAUAAGUAAAAGUGUUUUGCAUUCUUUCAAAUGUUAAUAUUUUUUCUCCUAAUACUACUCGUUUUCAUGUUUUUGGCUUGUUGUUGAGAUUUCAUUAUUUCAAAUGAGGAGGCAUAUUUUUUGUUCUGUUUGGAUUGUAAUGGACAAUACAUUUGAUUGCAUUGAUGAAAAACUGUUUGAAAUUUAUUGAUUACAGUAGCAUUAUAUCCUGAAUGCUUAUUGCCAGUGAAAUAGGAGUCGAUACAAUAUGUAUUCAGUGUUUGUUCAAUUGCCAGAAGCCACUUUGUUUAAAUUUCUCAAUGCUUUUUAAACCAAAUAAACUGUUUGUUUAAUUUACA